AUGAGAGCACGUCUGGUUGCGUGGGGCUUCUUCAGAGCUCAACAGCGAGCUUUCUCGACAACACCGAGACGGCUAGAGAGCUAUGGCUUCAUCGGUUUAGGUCAAAUGGGUUACCAAAUGGCCAAAAAUCUCCAGUCGAAACUUUCUCCCAGUGAUUCAGUCAGACUAUUCGAUAUCAAUAUCAAUGCUACGAAACGUCUAGCUGAAGAGAUGAAAGUUUCUCAAACUGGUGGUGCUGCUGUUGAAGUCUCGCGCAAUGCAAACGAUGCUGCAAGAGAGUCGGAUAUAGUAAUAACGGUGCUGCCUGAACCAUCUCACGUAAAGAGCGUGUACCGCGAGAUAUUGUCUCCAGACUUACCUGGGAAAGCUAGGGUGUAUAUCGACUGUUCAACCAUUGAUCCUUCGUCAUCCCGAGAGGUUGCAAGGUGGGUUGCAGAUGCAAACCAGGGCCAAUUUGUGGAUGCUCCCAUGUCAGGCGGCGUUGUAGGUGCUACUGCAGGCACUUUAACCUUUAUGCUGGGCGCCCCUGACGCUUUGGUGCCAAGGUUAGAACCAUUACUAUUGCGAAUGGGGAAACGAGUAUUGCAUUGCGGCGCCCAGGGUAAUGGACUUAGCGCAAAACUAGCCAAUAACUACCUGCUGGCGAUCAACAACAUCGCAACGGCUGAAGCGAUGAAUCUCGGUAUCAAAUGGGGACUCGAUCCUAAGACAUUGGCGAAUAUCAUCAAUGUUAGCACUGGUAGGUGCUGGCCCAGCGAAGUCAACAAUCCGGUAAAGGGAGUAGUUGAAGGUGCGCCGGCUAGCCGUGACUACUCCGGUGGGUUUGGCAUUAGUCUGAUGAAGAAAGAUUUGAAGCUCGCCAUCGUAGCUGCAAAGGAAGCCGAUGCAAAGUUGGAACUCGGUGACCGAGCAAGGCAAGUCUACGAAGAAGCGGAACAAGUAGGAUCGUGCAGAGGAAGGGACUUUUCCGUCAUUUAUAGAUUCCUCGGCGGUAAGGAAUGAGAUAUAUCUAUAUGUAAUUGAAAUACUUAUAUUCCAUGAAAAUUCGUCAGAUUUCAGGUCUCUAAACUUUCGGCGGCUAUACUGGAAAUAUGAAUAUUUUGACACGAGUAAGGUUAAUUAUAAGUAGAAUGCGGCUAUGUGUUCUGGGCCCGAGAUCUGCGUGGCGCCGUGGUAGCGUCCCGGAUGAGGUCUCUUCCGCCUCUAAUGCGGAUCGAUCUAAUAUCUUAUAUCUACAUCAUCUAGAUUUCCAUUGGACCUUGUCAACGAUAUGAUACGUCACAGCUGGUAACUCCAAGCGCUUGUUCAAAUUACCGAAGCGAUUAUUCAGACUAAUAGGCUUAGCUAGGCAGGUAGUACGAUCUUUCCAACUGAAAUUCUUUGUAUCUUGGGACUUGGCAACUGGACAAAGAUUCGUUUGCUCGGUUGGCGUACCGAGCUGGGCAUCGGGGUUCUAGAAGCCCACUUAAGGGCCUGUCAGAUCGUUAAGCGACGUCUACCCUUCCUGGCCUAUAAUCUUCGUCUUUACCGCAUUUAGUAACCUCCUCGCGGACACUAUUCGAUCUCUUUCCGCACCGGGUCCUCGCGCCAUUCCCCGUAUUCGUGAUUCGGUUCGCCCAUCGAUGAUGCCGAGAUAUCAGAUUACCCUGUCACGAUGGAGAC